CUAGACCCACACACGACGUACACAGGCAUCGUUAAAGUGACACAUUUGCAAAUCUACACGGAAACGUGGUAUUCACCGAAGUUCUACAGUCACAGCUCAUGAAAGAUGACAGAACCAAACCCUGAAACUGCUGAUAUUUAUCAGAACGUACUCAGAACGGGACCGGCGAUGGAAAACUAUGAUAAGCACGAUGCACCCACUGGUGGCAAUCUUGGAUCCUUCACCGGUCUAGUGUUACUCGUUCAGGGCUUGGGUUUGGCCGCAGUAAUCCUUGUGGCAGUGUGGAUGGGACACUUCCGUGAUGGCUUUGCUUGGACAAGUGACCCUGCCAAGGAGUUUAACUAUCAUCCUGUAUUCAUGGUCAUUGGACUCAUCUUCCUGUACUCAGAUGCUAUCCUGGCAUACAGAGUGUUCCGCAAUGUGAAGAAGAUGUACAUUAAAGUCAUGCAUGGGAUGAUACACCUAGGAGCACUGAUUUUUGCCUCAGUUGGACUGAAGGCAGUGUUUGAUUCCCACAAUCUCUUAGCCAAUCCUAUCCCCAACUUGUACAGUCUUCACAGCUGGCUUGGCCUUAUCACAGUCAUAUUGUUUGGUUUGCAGUGGGUGAUAGGAUUUCUGACCUUCCUGGCUCCUGGUUUGUCACAAGGAGUGCGGGCGCGAUACAUGCCUCAUCAUGUGUUCUGGGGGGUGGGUAUUCUGUGUAUGGCUGCUGCCACAGCACUUAUGGGGAUCACAGAGAAAGCCAUAUUUUUGAAGGAUAAGAUUCAGUACUCCAAGUUACCAACAGAAGGCAUCGUACUGAACACGCUGGGCAUCGUGAUUGUAGCCCUUGUUGCCCUGGUGGCUUUCGUGGUCACACGUCCCGAGUACAAACGUCAACCGUCCCCAGAGGAAGAUCAUAUACAGUUGAUGGGUUGAUUGCAGAGAGUGUGUCCCACCAUUAUUCUGAAAAAGGAUCUGACUUCUGAUUAUCAGAGCAAAAAGGAUCUCUUGACAAUACUGAUCCUUAAACAGCUGACCUGAACUCUUCAGACUGCUGUUGAAAUCAAUUUUUCAUUUUUCAUGGAUCAAAAUUCAAAUUAUCCCAACAUGAAAUUUCUUCCAUCAUUCGUUAGUACCUCUGGGAAAAAAUGUUAUGCUAGAUCCUAUUUUGAAAAGUUAAGAACAGUGAGUAAUGUUGAGACACUGAGUUCAAUUAUUUUGGUGCUUUAAAAAGACUUAGUGCAAAACCGAAAAUUAACAAAUAAAGAUUGUAAUGAAAAUUAAAUAAAUUUAUUAUGUCUUUGAAAAAAAAGAAUUCGUAGAAACUGAAUUUAGGACAUUCAAGAUAAUCUACCUCUGGAAUAUAUGUAACUGAGGUUAAUAUUUAUUUCUCUGCCUCCGCUAGGAUUCAAAUCUGUAACCUAUGCCUUGCUACUCCGACUUUGAACCAAUUAAGCUGAAGAGAAUUCUUUCCAGCCUAGCGAUAUAUUGUAGCCAAUAUUUUUACAGGGGUUACAUACUUCCUCUCCCGGAAAUAACAUGUUCCUGAGUUUCCAGGGGGUUACUGUAAUGCUUAUGAAAGUGCUAAUGAUUAUUUCUGAGUCGCUGCACAGGCGUCACUGAACAGAGAUCAUUAUUUAUAUAAAGACCUUGGAAAGGUUUCAAACCUGGAACCUCUGGCUUACUAGUUUGACAUUCAACCAAUCGGGCUCAUAAGAACUUCUCUUUAGCAGAUAGGUAUAUUGCAGCAAGUAUUUAACCGAGGAUAUGUAUAUAUUAUUACAUUUUUUAUUUGAACAGUUAAAAUUUUCAGAUUUUGGCUUUUCUUGUUCAGAUUUUCAGCAUUUACUGCGAUCAUACCUAUUUUUUUUUUUUUUUUUAAAUCUGUUUUUGGAUCAGUAUUGCCAGGGGUACCAAACCUUAUCUUUUUCUUGUCAUGUACCAGACAAUAUAUCAACUUUAGAUAUUGUUAUAGUCAACAUUGCUAUUCAAGUUGCAGUGUGUGAUUGUAUAGAUGUGUAUCAUAGGGGUGCUUCAUGAUUUGUCCAGUGGAACAAUGUGAUUAUCAAGAGUCUUCAAACAGAUACUAUAUUUUCUCCAGAAUUUUCAUCACAUUCCUGUGACAUUGUGUUGUAAGAUCUCUGAACAGCAUUUUGUGACAUUGUGCUGUGAGGUUACUUUUUAACAUGUCUGAUACUGUGGUAGCAUGCUAAAUAUUCUCUUUUGCGUUGUGAUAUUAUUGAGUGGGGUCAGACAAAUUGAUUUUUUUCAGCGGUACAAUUAGGAUAUACUAAAACAAUACACAAAACAUCAUAAGAGUAUUCCCAUUAUAAAAUGAAUUAUGCUGAAACCCAGUAAGAAAUCCAGAUGAUUUUUAUUAUAAUUUAUGUUUCAAAAAUCUAGGUCACUGAUUCACUGUUUUUGAUAUUUAGGUACAAACUGAGGCACAAUAACUUUGACCUCUACAUGUCAUUUUUUUUUUUUUUUUUAUGUAAAAUUUGUUAACAGGAUACACAUUGGGAUACUAAAGAGUUGUCUCCCUGUUGUAAAUUUUCAUGGUUAUAAGUUGUUUAUUUUUAUUGGUCAAACUAGUACAAUGUGAAAAGUUUCAGUGAUUGCUGAACGAUAACAUAAACAUAGUUCCUGUGAAUGACUUCAUUUAACCAAGGUACUAUAUAAAAAAGAUCAGGUGUCAGAUAUUUUUGUGAAACCUGAUGUAACUAUAUUCAACUUGUAUAGAUUAUAUUGCAUAUCUGUUGGUUGGACCUUCUUUCUCUUGUAUAUUGUUUUAUUUUGUUUAUUUAUGAAGUCCAGUCAUGUGCAAUAUUGAUUUUGUCACAAAUACAAGUUUACAGCUAGAUUUCUGAUUGUGUAUGUGAACUACAACAUGUAUGUUUUUUUAUUAACGUAAAUAUUCAUAUUGGUUUUUGAAAACAUUUUUCCUUUUUCAUUUGCUUGCAAAACAAGUUCUGGUCAUAUUACUCAGUUUUAUAGGAAACUUUUCAUCAUUUCACAAUUAAUAGAAAGCAAGGGACUAUAGUUAAACUAUCAGCUUAACUAGUUCAACUUGGUUAGUAGAGGGGGAGGAUUGAAUUUUCAUAGAACAUAUUUUUUUUUUAUAAAACAUAAUUUUUUUUUUAUUUCAUUUUUAUUUUUUUAACAUGUAACUGAAUAGCCUUUAUUGUCUAUAGGUUGAGAACCAUUUUCUCACAAAAUCAAUGUACCAUGUCACAAUGUUAUUAUCCAGUGUUUUGCAUAGAACCACACCAGCCACCAUGACAUCUGGAAACAAAUGUAACACAUUUAGAACCAUUAUUCUAUAUGGGUUUCUUUUCCAAUGGAAAGAGAAGAAAUACUAAACUUGUAACAGUUUCUACUGCUUGGUGUUAUAGUAGACCAGUUUCUACUGCUUGGUGUUAUAGUAGACCAGUUUCUACUGCUUGGUGUUAUAGUAGACCAGUUUCUACCGCUGGGUGUUAUAGUAGACCAGUUUCUACU